GACUUUUACAAAUAAUGUACUUUGAAGACCUCAUAAUACCACAAAUUUUUUUAUUUAUUUUCGACAAAGAUUAUGACUUCACCCAUCAUGUCAGAAAACGAGGAAAAAACAAUCCAAACAUAUGGGUGUCAAGCACAUUGAUAACUAGCUGACAGAUGGCGGAUGGUGUUGUGAUUUCUGUGAAUGUAAUGUGAAUUAUGGUUUCCGUUGGUUACGAGUGAAACUGUUAUCCAUUGAAAGGUUUUGACAACGUACGAGCCGGAGCCAUGUCACGUCACAGGAAUGUGCGAGGCAUGAACUAUGAUGAUGAGUAUGAUGGCUACUAUGACGUGUACGGACACAGCGUGGACGACGAGUACACCAUGUCACCGUCUUCUGUGGAGCGCGAGUUCACGUUCGACCGGAGUCGGCAGCAGAACAUGGAUGCGUUCCUGCGCGGCGCCCCGUCGUCCAUUGCCGAGGAGCAGGAGGCAGAGGAUUCUGACGGCAGCGGCGGCGCGGGUGCUCACCGCGGGGCCGCCCGUCAGGACUCGUGCGGCCCGCUGGUGCCAGAUCACCUGAACAGCGAGCAGCGCGCGCGGCUUCUCUCCUGUCUGGACGCAGUCCGGGACGUGGUCGGCGAGACGGUCUCCGACCACGCCAUCGUGCGCGCCGUGCUCAGACACGACUACGACUGCGCCGCGGCGCUAGACGCCAUCCUCUCGGACGCCAUGGCUGGCAUGCCCGGAGGCCGUCUCUCCCGUCGAGAUUCGAUGGAGCGGCCUCCCUCAGAGCGCGGCGACACCUCUCCAGUACCUCCAGCAGCGGCGGGAGCAGCCAAAGGACCCCCACCAGGUUUUGUCCGGCCUUCGUACCCUCGUGAUCUGGCGGACAGCUCCCCUCGGUGUUUGACCGCAGAUAUGUCGAGCCUGGUGACCGAUACCAGUAAAAUGGCACUGAAUAAGAUACCACUACCCAAUGGUCUGUCUGGUCAUAGAUCAGGCCUCAAAGCUCCGCCUGGGUUCGCGCCCCUGCCGCAGUCGACCGAUUUUGUCAACCCGCCUGGAUUAUCUUCACUGAAACAAAUGGCCGCAUCUGCUAGUCAUGAAGCCCAUGCAGUACCUUCUUUAAAACAGAUGUCCGCGUCCUUUGGUACACCGGUUAGCGCAGCACCUUCGCUGAAGCAAAUGGCUGAAUCAGUUAGUCCAACUGUAAACACGGUGCCUUCUCUGAGGCAAAUGGCUUCAUCUGUUGAUCCAACAACAAGUACUAUACCUUCUUUGAAGCAAUUGGGUGCAUCCAUCGGUCCACAGACAAAUGCAGUACCUUCCCUUAAGCAAAUGGGUGCAUCCCUCGAUCCCAAGACAAAUGCAGUACCCUCCUUGAAGCAAAUGGGUGCAUCGCUUCGUCCAACAACAAGUACCAUACCUUCUUUGAAGCAAAUGGGUGCAUCCCUUGGUCCACAGGUAAAUACAGUACCUUCUCUGAAGCAAAUGGGUGCAUCCCUUGGGCCACAAGCAAAUGCAGUAUCUUCCCUGAAGCAAAUGGGUGCAUCCCUUGGUCCACAGACAAAUGCAGUACCUUCUCUGAAGCAAAUGGCUGCAUCCAUUGGUUCACCAGCACAAACGGUACCUUCCCUGAAGCAGAUGGCUUCAUCGAUUGAUUCUGAAACAAAUGCAAUACCCUCUUUGAAGCAAAUGGCUGCAUCUAUUGGCUCCGAAUCAAAAGCGAUUCCUUCUCUAAAACAAAUGGCCUCAUCCGUUGGUCCACAGACAAGUACCAUACCUUCUCUGAAACAAAUGGCUGCCUCUGUUGGUCCUACAAAUACCAUUCCUUCCCUGAAGCAAAUGUCGGCAUCUGCUGGUUCAUGUGGUCCGCUCCAGACUCGACUACCACCCCAUGUCUCCCCGUCACCGGGUCCCUCACCAAGAGACGAUGUGAUUGACCUGACGGCGGCGCUGCUCCCGGAGCGCCCCACCCGCCCCGCCGAGCCGUCCCCGCCCCCCUCCUCCCCACCGGCGCCGGUGGAGCCCUCCCCUCCCCCUCUGCCGGCCCCCGCGCCUCCCACACCCCUCCCGGUGGCGCCGGCACGGCUCCGCGGCGCCCCCUCGACCCUGGCACUCUGUAUGCCGUGUGCGGCCGGACGCCAGCGGCGGCGGAUCUUCCACCCCGCCAGCCUGUCGUGGGCUCCAAGUGCGGCGGUGAGGCCGUUCGCCUUCGAUACGCCCUCGCCGGAUGAUCUGGUGCGGGCCAAACAGAGCCAGGUCAUCACCAAACGGUGAUUGUGGUGGGGAUUGCAGAGAACCGGCGGUAAACCGUCGAAUUGAAAAUCCGCACAAAGCAACAGGACAAGCCAUGUUGAGGUUCGCGCUGCUUGGGCAUGCGCAUUGUCAACGUAGCGAGCAGAAGUAGGGUGGUAACGGUAAGAUCUCUGAAGAAAGUGUACUGAUGUCAGAUGCAUGAAUUUGGGCUGAUAGUGGUCUGAAUGAUGAAAGGAAAGACUUUGGUAGUUACUCCUAAAACAGCCUGGCUUGUGACUAAGGUAUCCUUUUGGAUGAAAGUCCGUUCUUCCCGCGCGUGAUGUGAUGCCAAAUGAGUCCAAUUUGACUGAUAGACAUAGGGUUGUACCGCCGCGGUUGUGCCGUUAGGUGCUACACGGCAGAGGUGGAUGACUAGACAAUAUACAUGGUGUAGACUGUAGACAUAUAGAAUAGACAAUAGACGUAGAACAGACGGGUAGUUCAUACUGGUGCUGUACUUGGUCCUGUACCGGAUGAACUUUCCAGAGACCGUGCAUAUGUUGUCUAUGUGAGCGCAUGUACUGUGAAAUGUUGACUGCUCAGGUGCGACCGUGUG